GACGAAAAAUUUAACAAAAAUCUUUCAUGAAAUGCAGCAUAUAUUGGUAAUCUUGUGGUUUGGUCUAUCUGUGGGAACAAAGCAGGUAUGGUCAAUAACAAAUGCCAUUGGUGAAGACUGUGUGGUCAGUUUGACCAUACCCAGGGACAGCAUCAGAAGUAGCUGUAAUCAAGAUGAGGGAACUCUCAGGAAGAUGCAAGGUCUAGAAGCCAAACUUCAGCGGUUGUACACUACAGUGCGAGGGUUGGAGGUUCGAUUACCUCGUAUUGUAUCUCAACAGACCAGGAAUCAAGAAACAAUGGAAAGAUUGGAAUUUAAUUUGGCCCAGUCAGCAUCAUAUGUCAAAAAGAUUGAGGACAAAGUUCUACAUCUGGAAUCCAAACUGCCACAGACAGCAGGGGGACAAACGGUCGUCCCCCAGCGGUCCAAUUCUCUGGACUCCCUGUUGGAUCCGGUCCGUCCACUCGUAAUGAAUGAGCUGGAAAGUUUCAAAGAUGAUUGGAUGAGGAACCUUGUGGACAAUUUAGUUCCUGCAAUUUUAACUCCAGACAACAAAUUAGGUGUGGAUUUUAUGAACAAACUUAUUCAAACUUUAAAGGUACAAAUGAAAGCUGAUAAUAUUGGUCCAUCAGAAAUAGUUGAAUCCUCCAGUGACAUUGAAGAUGAUGAAACAAAAAAUGACACUAAAGAGGACGAUUUUAUAAAUGAAUUCAUGAUUGUAACAAAACCAACAAAAAUGCCCGAGACCUCAUCUAAAACUUCUUGGAAUACAAAUGCUCUAGACAUGCUGGCUCGAACAUUGAAAAAUGUUAGCUUUAAUCCAAAUAAACCGGCAAAAACCAUAUAUAAUGUCUCUGAAAUUGACAGUGGAAAUUCCUCUAAUCUUUCCCCUGCUCUGAGUGGAAAAAAUGUUUUAAGAUUGUUAUCUUUUGUUAAAAGAGAAGUUUCAAAAGAGAUGAAUCUGAGGGUCAAUGAAAUUGAUGAUAAAUACCAAAAUGUAAGCGAAAUUUUAUUUGGAAGGACACAGUCUUUAGAAGAAAGAAUUUCAAAUUUCCAAGAAAAAUAUCAAAUUCAACAAGGAACUAUGGAGAAAAAUAUUACAGACCUCAGGGAAGAGUUAAAUAUCCUGGAAAACCAAGUUGAACAGUCAGUUAAAGAUCUACCACAAGCAACAGAAAAUCAUGUGAAUUCAAAACUUGAUUUGAAAAUUUUGUCUUUACAAAAAGCAAUUUCGCAAAAAUUCCAGAGUGAAAUCUUGCAAAUAGAAAAUAAAAUCUUUUCUCAGAGCAAAAGGCUGAACGCCACAUUUAGAUUUGUAAACAUCUUCCCAGAAUCUCUAGCCAAAUAUCAGAAUCAGAGUCAAACAGAACUCGGACAAAUUCAACAAAAGGUGGCAGAACUGAGUCUUAAACUAAAGACUUGUAACAAUGAUGGCAGUGAUGUGCUGAAAGAGAGGCUACGAUACUUAGAAGAGGAAAUCCAGGGGGUUGCUGAUUCCCAGUUAUUCAUGGAACAAGGCAUUGAUAAUUUCAAAUCUGGGUUCACUGUAAACUUUAGAAAUGCCCAAAAUGAAAUUCAGAAUUUGAAAAGAGAUUUACAAGCUGUAGAAUAUGAAAUUGGUGGAAUUGACCUGCUUAAAGUCUCGUUGGGAAACCAGGACAUGGUUCUCAAUACCACAACUGAUAAAGUCAACACAUUUGAGAGCAAACUCAAUGACAUACAGAAGAUUUUCUCAGAAUUUACAGCUGAAGUAAUGAGUGAAAACCAGUGGGUUCCCUACAACUUUACUUCCCACUCACCGAUUCGAAAUGACUGCGGUGGAGGCAAAAAAUACAUCAGGAAAAGUUUCUUUGGGUCUGCUGUGGUCAAGUUUGUUGGGGUGCAGUUGUGUACAAACACUAGGUAUAAAAUAUUUCUAGGGCCCAGUAAGGGAGGGGAAUUCUACGACAUCGGAGAUAAAGCUGGGAGAGGGGAGGACCACUGUCAGUUUGUGGGGGCCACCGUUCCAGACAGCAACGCGACGUACAAGGUGGACAAGAAAUUAGUCUUCUUCACAGUGAAUGGAUACACAAGAGAGCACUGGAAUGAAUUGCCACAGUUUGGGAAGAUAUCAACUCUGCAGCCCACUUCUGCCUUCUACGAAUGUGGUAUAUCAAUACCUUAGUUAUACUGAAAACUUUACAAUUACAUAGUUUAUAAACAAUGCAAUGAAAAGUGGUGAAUUCUGCCAGGAAAACAAGAGGGCCCAGGAUUAUCAUUAAUUUUUUUGAGCAAGAUUAUACCAAUUUCUUGGGACAUGCAUUUUUUAUACAAAUGUUUUACAUACCGUAUAUUAUAUGAUGAAUGUUGGUGCUACCUUGUAAUCAUUAUACAUAUAUUUUUUUGUUGGUUACCAGUCUUUAUUUUUGUUGUUGUUGCUUUUCUUGAACUACAUUUUUCUGUGUUUGUGUAAACUAUAUUUCAUACUUUUUCUAAUAAACCUUU